CUUAUAACUCCCCAUCUACUCUCAAACUGUAACAAUAACCAUGGCCCUCUUCAGGCGCAACAGGGGUGGGGCCGAUGCCAGCGAUGAAGGGAAUGCAAAGCCCAAGAAGGAGAAGGGUAGUUGGCGGCGACCAGCCAAUACGGCCUUUAAGCAGCAGCGGCUGAAGGCCUGGCAGCCCAUAUUGACCCCUAAAACAGUGUUGCCGACUCUCUUCAUCGUCGGUAUCCUAUUUGCACCGAUAGGCGGGUUACUAAUAUGGGGGAGUGGUCUGGUCACUGAGAUGACAUUCGACUAUACCCAAUGCGAGAACCAAACGCCAUCAUCAUCGUCAGCGGACCUCACAUACCACAACUUCACCUCGUACAAGUACCAGCUUAAAGCAUCUGACGCACACGCCCCCUAUAACCCCCCGUCAUACGCCUUCGUUAACAACUCCGGCAAUGCACAAUGUUAUAUUCAGUUCGACAUCCCCUACAGCCUCACCCCCAGCGUCUUCCUCUACUACAAGCUCACCAACUUCUACCAGAACCACCGGCGCUACGUGAACAGCUACGACUCGAAUCAACUGAAAGGCCAGUAUGUGAGCACCAGCACGCUCAAUGGUGGUGACUGCAAGCCUCUUGCUACGAUAAACGGUAAAGCGGUCUACCCUUGCGGGUUGAUCGCCAACUCACUUUACAACGACACAUACUCGGCGCUCACGUCGACGACGAACCCGUCGCGUACGUAUAACUUCUCGCAGACGGGUAUCGCGUGGCCCGGCGAGGCAAAGAAGUACGCAACAACCCCUGGUUACAACGUUACGGACAUAGUACCGCCGCCGAACUGGAAGAAGUAUUCUGGAGGGUACAACGAGAGCAACUUGCCGGACCUGAAGAGCGAUGAGCACUUCCAGAACUGGAUGCGCACAGCGGGCCUGCCGACGUUCAGCAAGCUGUACGGGCGCAACGACGACACGACGCUGGAGAAGGACAGGUAUACGAUCAUAGUGGACCUAAACUAUCCUGUCAUCUCAUAUGGCGGUACAAAGUCUAUUGUUAUCUCGACGGUGUCUUGGAUUGGCGGGAAGAACCCGUUCCUGGGAUGGGCAUACGUAGCUGCUGCGGCACUGCUCGUUGCCCUUGCUAUCCUCGGGACCAUCCGGCAUAUGGUUCGCCCAAGGAAACUCGGCGACAUGUCAUUGCUUUCUUGGAACCGAUAGAACACUUUGUCUCGUAUUUAGUGGACGUUCACCUGUAUCAUCAUACUUGGGCUUUUCGCCACGUAGCCUCGCUCGUUCUAAUGGAUUAUUGCUAUGCUGUA